GAGCUCACGCUAGUGAUCGCGGUCGGUGGCACAUGGCCACGCGAGCGCCUCAUGGCAGAAGUUCAAGAGGAAAACGAGCCACUACGCAUGUGCCCACGAAGUUACGCCGACGGGACCACGCGCGCAGAGACACCUCUCCAUCUGUGCUGGACUUGCCCCCACAACAAGGGCAAGCGCGCUUUUCAGGAUUCAGACACCCUUGUUCCAGAAGCAGUGGCGCAGUACGAACAGUGCCCAGCAUUCUGGUUCAGAGGACUGACACCGAGCGCAUGGACGUCGACCCUACCACCCGCUCGAGAUGAGCGAUGGGAGUUCGAUGAUAACAAGACCUGCAGUCCUGGAGCCCUUGGCGUGGGCACGCAGAGCGAGCCAAUCCGCAUCUGCGGAGACGCCAGUGGGGGCCUAAACACCAUGAAGCCUGCACAGCGCCGAGUAGGUGUCGCUCUUGUCACGGUUGCCAGCCAGCACCCGUUUCGCGCAGGUGUCACUGGCAAGAUGGGUCUCACAGGGCGGCGUCUGACAGCGUUUCGACGUGAGUUGGCUGCCCUCGAGGCGGCCAUCUUUUUGACCAGCGGUCGGCUGGUCUACAUCACCGAUAAUUUGGGAGUGGCGGAAG